GAUUGGGCGGGGGGCGUGGCGGCGCAGGCGCGGUGCCGUUAUUGUUCCGCGGUGCCGCCGCCCGGGCGGUGCUGCCGCCAUCGCCAUCAUGCCGAUCAACAAGCCUGAGAAGCUGGACAGGCCUGAGAGCUGUGACAAUGUCAAGGUGGUGGUUCGGUGCCGGCCCCUCAACGACCGCGAGAAAGCCACGGGCUACAAAAUGGCUGUGAACGUGGAUGAGAUGAGAGGGACCAUAACUGUGCAUAAAACAGACUCCUCCAACGAGCCUCCCAAGACAUUUACAUUUGACACAGUGUUUGGACCAGAGAGUAAACAGCUGGAUGUCUAUAAUUUAACUGCAAGACCUAUCAUUGACUCUGUCCUAGAGGGAUACAAUGGUACUAUUUUUGCAUAUGGGCAGACUGGAACAGGCAAAACUUUCACCAUGGAAGGGGUCCGAGCAGUUCCUGAGCUCAGAGGCAUCAUUCCCAAUUCCUUUGCUCAUAUAUUUGGUCACAUUGCCAAGGCAGAGGGGGACACAAGGUUCUUGGUUCGUGUCUCUUACCUGGAGAUUUACAAUGAGGAAGUGCGGGACCUGCUGGGGAAGGACCAGACACAGAGGUUAGAGGUUAAAGAGAGACCUGAUGUGGGAGUUUAUAUCAAAGACCUCUCAGCUUAUGUCGUAAACAAUGCAGAUGAUAUGGACAGAAUCAUGACUCUGGGCCACAAGAACCGUUCUGUUGGUGCCACAAACAUGAACGAGCACAGCUCUCGCUCCCACGCCAUCUUCACCAUCACCAUCGAGUGCAGCGAGAAGGGCGUGGAUGGCAACAUGCACGUGCGCAUGGGCAAGCUGCACCUCGUGGAUCUGGCUGGCUCUGAAAGACAGACAAAAACUGGAGCCACAGGGCAGCGACUGAAGGAAGCCACCAAGAUCAACCUGUCCCUUUCCACCCUGGGCAAUGUCAUCUCUGCGCUGGUGGAUGGCAAGAGCACCCACGUGCCCUACCGGAACUCCAAACUGACACGGCUCCUCCAGGACUCCCUGGGGGGCAACUCCAAAACCAUGAUGUGUGCAAACAUCGGCCCGGCAGACUACAACUACGACGAGACCAUCAGCACUCUCAGGUAUGCAAACAGAGCCAAGAACAUCAAGAACAAGGCCAGGAUUAAUGAGGAUCCCAAGGAUGCCAUGCUCCGCCAGUUCCAGAAAGAAAUUGAAGAGCUUAAGAAAAAACUGGAGGAAGGGGAAGAGAUAUCUGGUUCUGAGAGCAGUGAUUCUGAAGAGGAGGAUGAAGAUGACGAUGGGGAGAUUGGAGAGGACGGGGAGAAGCGGAAGAAGCGGCGGGGCAGUAGCAGCAGCAGUAGUUCAGACUCCACAUGCUCUGUCAUAGAGAAACCUCUGGAUAAGUCCUUCACUAAUCAAGCAGGCAAAAAAAAGGUUUCCCCUGAUAAGAUGGUAGAGAUGCAAGCAAAGAUUGAAGAGGAGAGAAAAGCUCUUGAAACUAAGCUUGAUAUGGAAGAAGAAGAAAGAAAUAAAGCCAGAGCUGAACUGGAGAAGAGAGAAAAAGACUUGCUUAAAGCUCAGCAAGAGCACCAGUCCCUGUUGGAGAAACUGUCUGCAUUGGAGAAGAAGGUGAUUGUGGGAGGAGUGGACUUGCUGGCAAAAGCAGAGGAGCAAGAAAAGCUUCUGGAAGAAUCAAACAUGGAACUGGAAGAGCGAAGGAAGAGAGCAGAACAGCUUCGCAAGGAGCUCGAGGAGAAGGAGCAAGAGCGCUUGGACAUUGAGGAGAAGUACACCAACCUCCAGGAGGAAGCACAGGGGAAAACCAAAAAGCUGAAGAAAGUCUGGACCAUGCUCAUGGCUGCAAAAUCAGAGAUGGCAGAUCUGCAACAGGAGCAUCAGAGAGAGAUCGAAGGGUUACUGGAGAACAUUCGGCAGCUGAGCAGGGAGCUCCGUCUGCAGAUGCUCAUCAUAGACAACUUCAUUCCUCAGGACUACCAGGAAAUGAUUGAAAACUACGUUCACUGGAACGAAGACAUAGGAGAGUGGCAGCUGAAAUGUGUGGCAUAUACAGGAAACAAUAUGAGGAAACAGACACCUGUCCUGGAUAAAAAAGAGAAAGAUCCCUUUGAAGUGGACCUUUCCCAUGUUUACUUAGCUUACACUGAAGAGAGCUUGAGGCAAUCCCUGAUGAAGCUGGAGAGGCCGAGGACUUCAAAAGGAAGAUCCAGGCCCAAGACGGGUAGAAGAAAACGUUCGGCCAAGCCAGGAGCUGUCAUUGACUCCCUGCUGCAGUAGUGUGACCUGGUCAGAAUUCCUGUAAAAAUCAGUGAGUGUGUAUGGUUUGGCCAGAACAUGGAAUUCAAGAGAUGGCACAGUUUAACAUGGCUAUAAUUUUUUAUUUAAGAAAAUGUAUUUUUCCUUAGUUGCCUGUAUAUUGUAUGUUAUAUUAACAUAAUAUUAAACUGGUAUAUAUGAUGGUUGUGAAAUUCCAUGUGUUAAACGUGUUGUGCAGGGAAACUUGUUGGCAAUCCUUGUUGAAAUGUAUAGAAAUAAGGGUUCUAGAUGUGUGUUUAAGUGCUAGACAUGUUAGUUCUAAACAGUUAAUGAAAUCUUAAAAUUAAGGCUGGUAGAUCUGAUUUAUGCCCUGUUUUGCACAUAACUGGCAGCUUUCACUAUUGUCCCCUGUUGCACUGAUCUGUGUUUGAAUGUGGCUGCUGCAAACCUUUAAAAGCAUCAAAUCUUUUUAUUUAAUAUUCCUCACUGUGGCUGUUAACCUGAUAGUAUUGUGUAUCAAAUACACAGUCCUUUUUUGCUGUCUUGCUGUACAGAGGAAGUAACUGGAGAGGAAAAACAUGAACUACAAAAGUCUGAGACAUCUGAGAAGGGACCAUGCUCUGUUGAAGUGCAGCAGAAAUCAAGUCUGUCUAGCAAUGCUUGUAUUUUUAUCAGUUUGUGUGGGAUCUGCUGGCACUGUGGAGAAUGAGACCUUGGAUAUGAAGGCAAAAGAGAGCUUUUUUCCUUCUUUUAAGGCUGCCUUGCAGCAUUGCUUUGGCUGCUUUUUGUGCUUGGGGGCUGGAAUUUUAAAAUGUAUGAGCAGUUGAGCAGUUUUGUAAUCUGAGCAGCAGAGGUGAUUUCAGGGGGUGCUGUGACCCCAGGACUGGGUGUCAGCAGAGGGGGUUUCAGGGGUGCUGUGACCCCAGGACUGGGUGUCAGCAGAGGGGGUUUCAGGGGUGCUGUGACCCCAGGACUGGGUGUCAGCUGUGGGGCUGUGAGCAGUGUGACUCCCUUCUUUCAUCCCUGGCUACACGGCUCUAGGCCAGUGCUCUUCACUGAGGAUGAAUUUGACUCUCCUGUAGUCAAACAGAAGGAAUUGCCCAGUUUUCCCAGAGCAGUAACAUCCCCUGAAAUAGCUGCUGCUGCCUGUGCUCCUGUGUAGGCUGUGCUGGGUCUCUGGCUAUGCUCUGAUGAGAGGAGAAAAAUUCUGGUCUCUGAUAAUAACCAUUUAUUUGUGAUGGCUGCUCUUUUUCUUUGAUAUUUAUGCUGCUAAUAGACACAUAUCACUUUGAUACAUUGCUUUUGUGUCACAAAGAAAAUGUAUCUCCUUUCCACGGUGUGUGCUUUAUAACUCAUCACAUCAGCUCGUGGGCACCUCAGCAGCUCCUGUGCCAUGGAGGGGGGAUGAGCUGUGACCUCCCUGGCAUCUUAGGGUUACCUGGAGGAUGAAAAGCUGUAAUUGCUGACAGGAGAAAUGGAAUCCUUCAGUGUGACAGAGCACAAGACAGCUCCUCAGAUGUCCUGAGUCCUUGCUCUGCAGUUACCAAUGUGUUCUUGUGAAGUACUGAGAGUAGUUAAAAGCCCUGAUGCCUUGGGGCUCUGUAGUGGAUCUGUGACAGGAUCUGGAAUAGUUAAAACUGGUCUUGAAAGGGCAUAUUUUACUCUGAAUGAUAUCUUCAGUGCUAUUCUAAACAAGUUGUAAGUUUUUCCCUGUUUUUUUAAUGUGUUUUUUCGGGAUCAUGACCUAGAAGAACGUACUGCUCUCUUUUGGGGGAGAAGGUGUCAUCUAAGUUCAUAAAACAUACAGACACUGGCAUUUGUUUUCUCUAGCCUAGCCCUUAGAGGUAAAUGCUGAGUCUUUCUUGAUCUGAGCUGCAGUUGGUCUUGCUUGUGAAGAGCUGGCUGUAUUUUGAACAUCCGUAAGUAGAGUUGGGUUAUCUCAUCAAACAAAACAGACUGAAAUUGCUUCAGUGCUCUUUGAAGUCUCCUGUCAGUUCUGAGUCCAAGCAGAUAAAUGCACAGCUGUGACCUGUACUAGUUCUCAGGACCGGGGACAACUUGUAUUUUCUUUUUGUGUUACCUCUUGUCCUAACAUUUAUUGAAUGAUCUGGUCUUUAAGGGAGUUUCUCCUGAACUGUGCUUUCAAAAAGACCAUUGAAAAUUCUUUUACCUGGCAGACAUCAGUGGCUUCAAAAUACCACUGUGGACCAUGGCAUUGCAUUUAAAAUAUUUAAAACUUAACUAUAAGGGCAUAUGCUUUACAGUUAAUGUUAGAGUCCUGCUGCUAAAAACAAUAGUACUCUGCGUAUUUAGGCGAGCCUUGAGGCAGAAAAAACAAUAAAUAAUUGCUUGCAGACCUUUAAUUGGCAGAUUGGAGAAACUGGUUUUUAUCUCCUGUUACAGAGGCUUGGAGAACAAAUUAGCUGCUCUUUAAGAGGACUUUCUUUAAAGUGGAACACUGUCAUGGUUGUGUGCUCUAUCAGCUUGGCUUCCCUUUUAACUGGUGUGUUUUGCUGAAGCUCUGGGAAGUUUUCUGUAAAACCAAGGAGUCUGGCUGGCAAGGUUUACCACUUGGGCCUUCUCUGUGGCCCUGGGCCAUCUGUGAAUGUCUAAUGGGCCCAUAAUGUGUUUUAAUGAGGAAGGGAUUUGGUUUGUAUGGGUUUUUUUUAAGAGCUUAAUACCACCAUUGCCAUCCCAGGUCAGUACAUGCUCUAUAGUAUUUAUCCAAACUCACAUUACAUAAUAAAUACUGUGUGCUCAUCUUUGCAUCUUGCUACCAGAAGGUUUCCCUCGUUCCAGAACAUUGACUUUAACAUUGAGGUUUCUGCUUUAUGUUGUUUAAUGUCGUGUAAAUGAAUUAUUUCAUAUUUAACUUGUUCCUGAUCCUUUAAGAGGAGGGGAAAUGGUCCUUAGUGCCUUUCACUGACUACACUGUCUGCACAUGUCCAGCUUUCACCUUUCUCCACAGUUCUGCUUAGCCAGGCCUGUAUAGAGGGAAAACCUGCUAGUCUGUAUAACUUGUCUUCCUAUUUAUUGGUUUUCUAACUGUUUAUUUUUGAAUAUUCUUUGUUUUAUGUUUAAAGUUAAUUCAUUAUACUGUAAAUAUCAGUAUUGUGUCCCUGGAGCAUGUUCAUACCAUGAAAUAAAAUUCUCGAUUCCUAA